GCUCGUUGACCCGUCGUUAUCAUACAAAACAAAAACGCGAUAGAACCUUUGAACAGAACAGAACUAGGGUUUAAGAGUAUAAAGAAGAGUAGAUCCGAAUCGGUACUCGAAUUCCAUUCAUUUCAGAUCUGCUUCUGUUUCUGCUUGCUUCGAGUUUCAACUUCUUUAGAGGAAUUUGGUAACUGCUUGCCACAGACUCUUCCAAAAUGAGCCGGCCAAUGGAAGAAGAUGCUGUCGGGAAGAAUGAGGAAGAGGAAUUCAACACUGGUCCACUAUCUGUACUCAUGAUGAGUGUGAAAAACAACACACAGGUUCUGAUCAAUUGUCGUAACAACAAAAAGCUUCUAGGCCGUGUCAGGGCUUUUGAUAGACACUGCAAUAUGGUUCUUGAAAAUGUCCGGGAAAUGUGGACUGAGGUGCCUAAGACCGGUAAAGGAAAGAAGAAGGCUCAGCCAGUCAACAAGGAUCGUUUCAUCAGCAAAAUGUUCCUUCGUGGAGAUUCUGUCAUCAUUGUUCUUAGGAACCCCAAAUAAGCUAGUAUCUCCAUCCCUCUGUUGAACUAGUGGGCUCUUCUUUUUGGCUUUGUUUUCUUGCAUUAUUGGUAUGAAAUAUGGUUUAGACUGAAAGCCAAAUUUUAUUGAGAUGUGGAGAAAUUGGUGGAGGAUCUUGAUUUAGGUGUCGAUGCUUCAGAACAAGAUCAAACAAAUUUGCGGGUCUAUUUUUCAAUUAUGUACAUGUAGUUAUGAUGUAUGAAAUGGUUUGACUCUGGAAUAGUUUAACUUUUACAUGCGACUAAUAUGUUGUUACUCUCCUUCCUUAUUAUUUAAGCUCAA